CGCCACUGCAGAUUUUUGUAUUUGGUUACGAUUUGGUGUAAAACAAGGUGCAGCUCGUGUAAACGGGCCUUUACCUUAUUUAGCGUUACUUUAGUUACAGCCACCGAUUUCUUUCUAACCUCACUUUUUCAAAUUUAAAAUCGGUGAUAAUGGAUAAGAUUUAUUUGCCCGAACGCUUCAAUUCGUCCGAAAAGAUUAAUUUGAACGACGAAUUCAAGGCUCUGGCCCACUUCAAACUCUACCCUUCAAAAGUGAACACCGACAAAUUGCGGAACAAGGAAUAUCACGAGGUCCUCUGCAAGGAGCUAAACAUCAGUGAUCCCAACGAGCAACGCCGCUUAAGAGAAGUAACGCAUGAAAAGCUGCUGACCGCCGAAGACGAAGAGUGCUCACCACGUACUCUGAGUAAACGUAAGCGAGGACACGUUACCGAUAAUUCCACGACGUUGGCGACGGUUAAAGCCAGGCAGAUGUUCAAGUCGCAAAUCACCGAAAUAUACGCCAAGCACAAGCAUCACCUCGACACCUACGAAUGCGUCAAGGCCGGCAAUGCACAACGCCAGGUCGACUCGCCGUCGGCGACGAUAUGCGCGUUAUCGAUUCGCAUCUACCAGCCCUUCAACUUCUCGUACCCGAGUCGCCUCGAGGCAAGAAACGGCCAGGGUAACGUCUACAGCAACCUGAGGUUCUCCCAGGAGAUUCUCGUGCUCCCAUCCAACACCCUCGCCGAAUUACGCGACUGCAUCAAGUGCCACGCCGACGAGGGACUGUCUCUCGAACUGAAAGAGGAGGAGAGCGAACAUACUGUCGGUAAUUCCAAGGCCGAGUACCCGUCGGGUUUUUUCUUCGUCGAGAAUGUGUUUUAUAACGAUCUUCGGCGCCCUAACAGUUUUGACUACUCGGAGGUGAUUCGGGGGUGGGGCACAGAUCGUGGCAUAAAAAUGGAUGUCGGUAGCAUGGAUUUGACUCGAAUCGGUGAUCUCAGCGUUCGCUUUGGCUAUCCCUACGUGUACCAGCACCAAGGCAGGUGUGAGCACAUUUUCACCUUCGGAGACGGAUGGGUUUUGAACACUCGGGACAAUUUGGACACCGACAAAUAUCCGCUUUGCGUCAGUAUACAUACGCCGUACAGCAGGCUUUGUAGCGUGUGCGGCGUCGACGGUUCGCAGUGGGUUUGCGUCGAUUCGGAUCGAAUGCCUUUAAAUCCGAUGUUGUUGUGCGAGUCAUGCUUCAAAUGUUAUAAUUUCGUCGAUGGCAAAAGAGUGGGUAGUUUUAAGGCGUAUCCUUUUGUUGAUAAAAAGGUGUUGGUCUAAUCCCACUCGCAUUAAGUAUUUCUAAAGUUAGAAUUGUAAGUUUUUGUACCUGAUGUCUAAUAAAUUUGACACUUCUUGUUAGGUUUAUCAGGUUGUGUGUGUAUUACGUUU